CUACCCCUCUUUGUUUAUUAAUUUUUUAAAAAAAUUUUGUUACCCUAAAAAGUGGGUUUUUGGAUAUAGGUGGCCAACACUCACCACCUUAUGCCGGCGCCGCGAAAUUCAUUACUCCCUCCGCCGCGUCUUCUUUCCGUCCAGUCCAUACAUUCUCUCUUUGCUUUGGUGCUUAUUUUCCUAGCCUGGAUGAGGUUGAAGCUACUCUUGGCUGAGAUUGUCAGUAUUGUUGGUGGAAGAUUCCAACAUAGUGAUAGUGAUAGUGAUAGUCAUAUAGAAGGCUACCGUAUCUGUCAAUGCAAAAAGCAGAGUCAUUGCUUCAGAAAAGUGUUAAAUUAGCUACUGACGCCCAUGAUGAGUUCUGGAAUGCUGUUGAUAAUAAGGCACAAAAUGGUUAUAAUAGGGCUUUGGUGGUAGCAUCUGUUGGCUCUCUAUGGAGCUUAUCUCGCUGAUGGCUUAGAGUACAGGUGAUCUUUUUGA